ACGGUACUUUUGUUGUUGCCAUAGCUACGGCCGUUGUCAUGGAGAGUUCAUUUCGGGUCAAACCGCAUGAUCAAAUGGAAUAAUUUGCAUUCGCUUUCAGAACUACCAUUUCGCUUUCAGAACUUGAUCAUUUGAGGUAAACAUUCAUAAUAAUUACAAUAAUUAUAAUAAUAAUGCAAUAUAGGAUGCCAAGAAAGUUUUCUUUGUGUUCUAAGAAACACUUCAAGCAAAGCCAAAAAGAAGUCAGCUUGAGGCUUUCAAUUAAAAAAAUCCACUACUUGAAGAUAAAAAUCCAACAGCAGCAAUUACCUCAGCAAUGGGUUUCUCUCUUUACUGCAAAAAAUAUUUUGAAAUUUUGCAAAAUUACUGAAGAUGAUAAAGUUUCCUAUUGUUUCACUGUACAUGAAGACUUGAGCUUUUACGUGACAUACUGCAGCAAUCGGAUUGAAGUAAACGGCAUAGAAGAUGAGAAAAUAGCUAAUAUUGAAACAAUAUUUGAUGUCAUCAAUGAAGUAGACAAAAUUCAUAUCUGUCCAGGCAAUAACGAUGAUAAAUUCAUAUACCUAGCAGAAAAUAGGAAAUUUUUAAACAUUGAAGGAGUACCAAUUGCGUCAUUACAAACCAUUCCUACAAAAACUAUACGCCAUCACAACUGCACAAUUGUCACUAGCUCACCUGAUAAGAGAUGCAUCACCUGUAAUAACUUCCGAAAAACUCUAUUUGCUCUUCAUCAUAAGGUUAAAUAUCCUAAAAGCACAAACAAGACCUUCACCAGCCACAGGUUUCUAAUUGAUACUAAAAAGAAUCAAUUUUUAAGAGCUUUUUUUAGAAAAGAAAACAGAUUUGUAAAGAAAGGAAUUGCUGACAUGAAGCUGGAAAAGUUUGAUUCGUAUGCCGAGACCAAUAGCAUUGCUGUAGAUGAAAGCACAGCUAGUGACAUGAUAAAAAUCAUGAAUGAGCACAAUGCACAAAUAUCAGCCACUUACUCAGAGAAUAGCUUUCAGAAAUUAUUCUGGGACAGCCAAUUAAAAGCUGUUACAACACCCAAAAAAUCAAUUCGCUGGCAUCCAUCUAUCAUCAAGUGGUGUAUCUACCUAAGAAAUAAAUCAUCCAGUGCAUAUGAGUCAUUAUGA